UCGACAUGGCGCUGGAGCAAUUCAAGCGAGAGAACUUCCAGUUCGACCGAGACUCCGACGACGACUUUCUCGGUGCCGGCUCGUUUGGCGUAGUCUUCAAGGCCACCAUCAUCGGCACCGGCCAGGUCGUGGCUCUAAAAAUCCUCAACACGUCUGCAAGACUACAAAAAAGCGAUAAGGAGCAGGUCCAGCGAGAGGCAUGCAUUAUGUGCAGUCUGAGAGACCAGCAUGUCAAUAUUGUCGGUCUUCUUGGUGUUUGUCUUGAGCCCGGAUGCUACGCGCUCGUUUUGGAGUAUAUGAGGAAUGGGAGUGUUGACAGGGUGAUGAGAGAGAACGAAACGCCCGCUCAUUUGACUGCUUGGGAGCAGAGGAUUCGGAUGGGUCUCGAUGUUGCGUGCGGCAUGGAAUUUCUGCACUCGCAUCAGCCGCCGAUUGCUCAUCGAGACUUGAAGAGUGCAAACGUGCUUCUGGACGACGACUACCGCUGCAAGGUUUCAGAUUUUGGUCUUGCUGUGUCGCGAUCAAUCUCGAACGUAACCACAUCAUCCAGACACAAUCACUACCAUCCCGCUGGCACGCUAGCAUUCAUCGCUCCAGAGAAAUUCAAAGUAGGAGAAGGUUCGACAAAUAUCUUCACCGGAGACGUUUAUUCGUUUUCUAUAAUCUUGUGGCAGAUAAAGGAAAUGAAACAACCUUUUCGUGAAGGGAAUUAUGAUCUUAUUAGAGGGAAUGUCAUAGCCGGAUGUCGACCUCUGAUGACUAGUGACGACGGUUGUCCAGUCACAAUGGAAACUCUUAUAAAGGAUUGUUGGCAGGACGUCCCUGAAAAGAGGCCAACAUUCCCAGGCCUUUGUCAGGUCACCAUCCUUACACUUGUGUAUCUAGGCAUUGUCGUAACCAUCAAGUCUAUUCUUGAACGACAACAUGCAAGUACCGUCUCACCUCCAGGGCUCUUUCAUCGAGAAGUAGUUCCUGAUGGCACAAUGGUGGCUCCGCCUGUACUACAAGCAGCUUGCCGACCGGUUGUGGAGCAGAUAGAAUUGGCAGCUAACACACUGGCCACUCCACAACCGCUGCCUGAGGAACAAGAGGUCACAGAUGAUACACAAGCUAUUAGUGUCUUGUAUUCUCCAGAUACAGUGCCACAUGAAGUUCAUCCGGUGAUAGCAAUACCGUGUGGUGGUAGUCCACUCCAGUUACCAAGUGAAAGACUUCGUGCUGAAGUCGAGAGGCAACUACAACCGGACGCUAAUUAUCAGAGAGCAGUGUCAGAUGCUCAUCGUGGCUCACACGAGACGGGGCCAUCUCGAGAGGAGAUUGAACCUGCAGUGGGGAGACACGAUGGUGACAAUGUCAUAGCAAAGGAGGUUUUCAGAGUUAUCCAACGUCACGGAAGUGCACGAUACCCGGCUCUAGCAACAGAAAUGGGCUUCAACAACAACAAGAUCACCACCACUACUGCACACUGUAUCACACCUGAAGACAAACUACAAGCCAUCUUUAACGUCGAGGCCAGUGCAGUCGGCUCUUUUGCCACCACCAAGUCGAUGCUCAGAGCUUGCAGUAGGAUCGUACAUCCUAUAUUUGGAAUUGUUGCAGAAGAACUUCGCAGAGAUGCUAGGAUUCCUAGAGAUGUUUUGGAGGAACUUUUACGUGUAUGAUUUUUUAAGACGAAUCCCAAUGAAUUGUUUAGAUAAUGACAGUAGACAUUUUAUAUUAUAGCGACCAAUGUGUUUCUCAGUUUUAGUGUUUUAUGGUCUUCGAUUACCUAAACAUAGCCCAAGAAAAUUUUUUCGAUAUAAUUGUGUUACAGGAUCAGAUCCACAAUGUGUACAGAUCCACAAAUGUG